AUGGUCGUCACAGCAGUCAUAACUGAAGAGUCUAAAUAUCUGCAUCUUAAAGCAGAAAAGCCUAUCCUCGACCUCCCACACGCCGAUAAAUCAACUGGACGCAUUGUCCCCAUCAACCACGCGGGAGGCAGUCAAGCAGACUUCGGCGCAGAAAUUUACGGGAUCAAUUUGAACAACUUUACAGAUGCAGACUUCGCGUUCAUUUCUGAUGCUCUGCACAAAUGGAAGUUGCUGGUAUUCAAAGAGCAACCACAGAUGCUGACACCACAGCAGCAAUAUUUGCUGACUGCAAACUUCGACCGCGAGGAGACUACCGGUGGCUUUGCGCACGGUCAUGACCCUUUCCUUACCCACCACAACGGCGUCGACUUCUAUGGUAUUCCCAAGCGUCCAGCGAUCCCAGUGCAGCCACAAGUUCAUAUCCUUGGUCGUGGGCCCGUUCCAGAAGGCCACUUCGGUUUCCCACCCGGCUUCGAAGUCCAGGGUAUUGACCACGAAGAGUUUCAUCUUCCACCGCACAUACCAGCGCAAGAACGCGAAGCUGGAGCUUCACGUUUCUACCAAUGGCACUUUGACGGGUCUUUGUACGACAUCCCUCCUCCACGUGUAGGCUGCCUUCUGGCUGUUCGUACUCCCAAGGGUCCAGAUGUGACUGUGCGAUGGGAGGAUGAAGCAGAGACUCAAAUGAAGAUGGCACCAGGAGCCACGGCAAUGGUCGCUGGUAGCCGUGCGCUGGCUCUACUGGACGAAGAGACCCAGAACAUCGCGAUGAAUAGCAGAAUCGAAUACGCACCACACGCUUUCGUGUGGAUGUCCAAAGCGCACAGCACCCGCCUUGGACAUUCCAUCGAGACUGAAGGACUUGAGAUGCCGCUGGACAAACUUCCCAAGUGGGACAAAAGUAAAGUGUGUACCUAUCCAAUGGUAUGGACAAAUCCGAAAACUGGUGAGAAGUCGCUGCAAGUUCAUGGUCAAGGUGCCUUUAAACUGUACCUCAAGAGUAGCCCAAAUGGGUCGGAAAGAGUUGUGGAGGACUUGAAAGAAGUCAGGGCGUUCCUUGAUAAGAUCAUGCGGCCGGCAUUGCAGCCUGAGAACAUCUAUGCUCAUCCGCAUAAGGAGCAGGAUGUCAUCCUCUGGUACAACCGGGCGCUAUGGCAUAGCAUUACCGAGUUUCCGAAGUCGUAUGGGCCGCGCGUGAUGCAUCAGUGCAACAUAGCGGCCAGUGAUCAUCCUUCGGGUUGA